GAUUGGUGAUAGGAAUGGACCAGCCUCACCAUUACAUGGAAAUAAUAGACACAACAUACAUGUAAACUGAACGAUUCCCAAGUAUGAAGUAUUAUAAAAUACGUACCUAGAUAGGCCAAGACUGAAUUGGGUAGAUCAACUACUUUUAAGUUUACGACUCAUGGUCCAUCCUAGCUUGUGGCACCUGAGAACAUCUAUUACGUCACGCUGAAGGGCACACAAGGAGAGAAGGAGCUUUGAAUGGCAUUUGCGGACAGCAAAACUUGAAUACAUAGCAUCAUGUACUCCAAAUUCGGACUUUAUCAAAUUCCUAGACUGCUUGAGGUCAGUAUUGUACUUGGAAAUAUUUCGUCAUCGGCACAGUAGCUUGACGUUAUAAGAUCAGCUUGUCUCAACGUCGUUCCUCUUCACACCUACAUCAAUUCGGAUGGGAAUACAGUCUAUACAUCUUUAAUUGAACAAGAAAUACAUCAUUAUAAUUAAUCUAUCAACAUGUCUCUUCAUUAUCUUCCCCCCGUUAGACCUUCGGCCAUUGCCCUCGGAACCGUGUUCAACCACGGCAUUGAAUUGGUUGUUCUCACUCCCCUUUUCGGCCAGACUUACCAACGAGCCAAGCAAGCCAAUACCAAGGAAGAAUUCCUGAGAUCGAAAGAGGCUUCUUCUGCUGCUGUUGCCUGGGGUACUUCCCUAGUCGGGUCUGCCUUGCAGUCGUAUGGCGUCGGUGCUCUCAUCAACGCAACUAGUACCCUUAGUUACAGAGGCGCUGCUUACCUAGGUGCACUAAUCUUCGCGGCCACGUCUGCCCCUACCUACCUCGGCCAACUACUCACGGAGAGACGCCCCGUUGAUACCGUCGCGGUUGGCGCCACUUCAAAGAUCCUCGAAACCGUCGGCUUGUCUCUGUUCCUGACCUGGUGGGGUACUCGAACCAAUCCCUUCGACUAGCAAUCUGGGAGAUUUGAAGGACCUGUAUUUGUUAGUUUCCCUAUAGGUUAAACCACCAUGAUGGAUGGUACGGUUAGCCUUUUCCAGUUAUGUAUGUAGUAAACGAAUGCUCAUG